AUGGAUGGUGCGCUGAUAAAUUCCGUUUCGUACGUGAGUCCUCGGAAUGGUGCGCAUUAUUUUGUUGAACUUACUGAGAGGCAUCUACUGGCGUUUGAGAUGCUCAAUUCUAUGUGUCUUUUGGAAAACUAUGAUCACGUACUGUUGUUUCUGGAGUGCCAGUUGGGCAAAUCUCGCAAUUUGACGGUUAUCCCGUUUGAUAUCAUGCUGGUCCUUUUCACAUUAUCGACAUCAUCCGAAUAUUAUAAAGAGCCGAUAUUAAGGACAAAUGAUCCAUAUAACGUGUCCAGGGAAACAUUGAGCAGGAGAGCUUUGAAACUAUUGCAGAAAUAUCUCACUAUUUUGAAAGAGUUUGAUUCCGAACAAUACAAUUUGUAUGAUUUGGAAUUGCUACGAUGUCAGUUUUUUUUGGCAAUCGAUUCGCUGACACCAAGAAAGCAAAAGUGGAGUUUCGAUAGGUUCAGGAGAACAAAAUCUGAAAAAGGUGUAACGUAUAGACAAAAUGCUAGUGUAGAUCCGGAGUUGGACCAAGGCAAGACUGUCAGAAAUCCCUACAGAUCGUAUAUUAGCUGCCUCGAGCAAAGAAAUACCAUAUUAGGCAAUCGCUUAUUGAAUUUGAAACUGAGUGAGCCUGGAGAAUUCAUUAACAUGAUCUUAUGGACAUUAUCCAACUCACUGCAAGAGAGCACGCCACUGUACUUAUCAAGUCAUGAGAUUUGGAUGCCCUUACUCGAAAUACUCAUUGAUUUGUUUAAUUGUAGACAAGAUUAUUUCAUACAGCAUGAGAUUGCCCGAAAUAUAAGUAAGUCUUUUUUCGUUCAACGGUUAUCGGAGAGCCCAUUGGCAGUUUUUUUUGAAUCUUUAAAUACAAGGAAUUUUGGAAAUAGGUUUUCCGAAUAUGUAUUUCUCAAUUGUGAUUACAAACUGCCAUCCGACAAUUAUGCGACGCCGGUUCAUCCCGUAUAUAGUGGUGAAAACACGAUAGUUGGUACGUAUAUUCCCAGAUUUAAAUGUAGUCCUUUGUACAAAUCGCAAAAAUCAUUAGCAUUGCGGAGAAAACUGAUCGGGUCAUGUUUCAAAUUAUUACUAAGAGUGCCAGAUGGUCAUAGAUUGAUAACUCCGAGAAUAGUUGCAGAUGAUGUCAUUCAAGGAAUCUCACGUACGUUGGCUUCUUUUAAUGAUAUCCUGCAGUUCAAAAAAUUCUUUAUGACUGAGAAUUUAUCGCAAGAGUCUUAUUUCAUACCCUUAUUGGCUGAAGGCACGCUUUCUGAAAUAUUUAAAGAUACACAAGAAUGUGUCGUUAUUCUGACGCUAGUUGAAAAUUUAUCUGAUGGAGUUUCGUUUUGCAACGAAGUUAUCGGCUUGAUCAAAUCGGAGUGUUUUGCAUUUACCGAGCAAUGUAGCCAAGCUUCGUAUGAAGAAUCAUUCUUAACUAUUGAAAAGUGUGACGUGUGUCUUCUGGUUCUACUACGAUAUCUUCUGCACUUGGUUGGAGCCGAAGCGGUACUAGACGCUAAGGAACAGCUGGAGAUAUUAAAAGUAAUUGAGGAAAAUGAUUCAGGAAGGCGACAGUGGGUCAAGUCACUUAACUUAGGAGAUCAUCCACCUUUAAUGUAUCCUAUUGUUUCGAAAAUGUUUAGCGUUCAUUGUAAAAGUAUAAGCAUAGCAUAA